AACACGCACUCCGCACUCGAUCAAGAAUCAAGAUGGCAGGCUGCGCCGCAGCUGAUUUUUAUCUCGACGAUUUCCUUCCUCGAACAAUGUCAUCCAGGCUCCAGCAUUUUCAUCGUUCAUCGUUAAGUUGAUAAUUAUUUUUUCCGUCUGGAUGUGCGGAGCACGAUAUGUGACCAUUACUAGUCAUAAAGCAUAAUCAUUGAGCAGUAACGGAUGUGCAGUUCCAUCCUGGUGUAUCAUUCAGCGUAUCCCCAGGCCCCAGUCCAAACUGGAGCAGUCAGAAAUCACCUAGCCGAUCGUCAUUUCCUUGUUUCCCACAUUGUAGAACUGUAAGGAGAGGGUACCAUGGACGCGCGCCCCCAUCAUCCCGUUAUCCCGUUGGGUCGUCAUCGGGCAGCCAGUUCCCCCGGUCCCAUGGACCACUCCAUCCUCUCCCUGUACCACAACGUCGAGAUCCCCGCGGCCCUGCGUGCCGCGGUGCCCCUGAUCUCCCAUCCCGUCCGCCGGAUGUCCGCCUCCUAUCCCGUGAUCCCGCCGACCUCUUCCCGUAACCCGCGUGUCAUCCGUGAAGCCGUCCUACAUUCCCGCUGCCUGUCUGAGAAUAGCGAGGCCAAACCGUCGCCGUCAGUGAAGCCAAAGAUGGAGUUCUACGCCAGCAAGUCCUCUCCCAAACCGCCGCCCCGUGUGGAGGACCUCCCGUUGCCCCCGGAGGAGUGGCUGCUGGAGAGUUCGGGAAGUGAGAGCGGGUCGGUGUUUGAGAAGGAAGAUGAGGAGAAUAAACCGACGGAUCCUGUGAUGACGCACACGCACACUGUGAUGCAGCUGCGCGCUCAGUUUCUCACUGUGACACUGAAGACAUUGCUCAGAAUGAGUGCCUGAAAGCAGGCACUGUGCCAAUCUCGUCGGAUUUGGAUUGCCCGUCUUAUCGUUGAUUUAGUGGUUUUUAUGGUUUUACUUCACCGCGACGCUGAUUAUUACGGUAUAACACUUACCGUAAUUCCAUUCGAUAUCCACAUUAUAUCCGUUUUUGUUGAUUUUUCAGUAGUAUUUUGGCCUUUUUUUAAUUCCGGAUGCGAUUCAGGGAUUGCCUUGCGUUUUCUGUACAUAGAGACAUGAGUCAUAUGACAAUUUUCUAUAUGAAUUUUUUGGAUUUAAGGUUUAACAGGGGAGUGCGACUUUGGUUAUGUACUCCCGGUUCGGUUUUUGAAUUCGAAAGCUUUUAUAGGGAAAUUGGUCGGCGUUUUCUUUCUCUUAACACGAUGGUAAAUUUAUUAUUUAACUAAUCAUUCCCUACAAUUGAUUAUUUUCGUUUAGUUUUGUACAGUAUGGUUGUGCUGUUAUGGUUUAAGCGACUACGCAUACUGUAUUAGAUUAUCGCUGCACUGACUUGUUCGACGGAAGGCAUGUUUCGCGAUGGCAUUGCGUUUUGUUUGAUGAUCGUUAUAUGAUUCUAAGACUCUCAUUCUGUCAGUACGCACUGCUACUUGUACUGUAAUAGUUUGUUUUCCUAUGACCGGGUCACUUGCAUGUGGCCGUUGGUUCGAUGUUAUGAGCAUAGCUUUUGUCAUUUGCAAAACCAUAAAAAAUGGGUCUAACCGGCCCGAAA